CUAUUAUAUAAACCAUUGUAUCGCUCAGUUCCAAAGCACAAGACAAACACCAAGACACACACCCCUUUGAUUUUUGUUUCCGAUUACAAGAGCGAGAAGUUGCCUUUUUCAUUCAAUUUAGCAAACAUGAAGCAAAAAAUAGUUAUCAAGCUGAAAAUGGACUGUGACAAAUGCAGAAACAAAGCCCUGAAAACUGCAGCACAGGUACCAGGUGUGACUACGGUAGCCUUGGACGGCGACGACAGCGACCGCGUGGCGGUGAGCGGCGUAAACGUGGACAUGGUUUGCUUGGUGAACCAGCUGAAGAAGAAGUUCUCGUCGGUGGUGAUUGUGACGGUGGAGGAUCUGAAAAAGGCGGAGGAGGAGAAGAAAAAGAAGGAGGAGGAGAAGAAGAAGAAAGAGGAGGAGGAGAAGAAGAAGGCGAAGGAGAAGGAAGAGAAGCUGAAGAAGAUGUUGCAUGCUGCUCUGUGCAAAAAGUGCCGCAGUUCGAGUUGUCACGGUAAGUGUGACGUUGAUAUCGUGUUCUGCCUUAACUGUGAAAGCAGCAGCUGCAAUGGCGAGUGUUGCGUCGUUUGCGUUAAGUGUGAGAACCCUAAGUGCGAUGGGGACUGUGACUUAUGCUUCAACUGCAACAACUCAAACUGCAAUGGUUGUUGUUCUAUUAAUAAGACUCCUCCAUCAUCAUGCCCGAAGGGGUGCACAUGUCACAAAUGCUAUGUGCCCUAUCAACCUUAUUACUACCCACCUUACCCUCCCCAAGUAGUAUAUUAUGAUUCUUGCCCUGAUUCUUGCUCCAUCAUGUGAUCCACCAUAGAAUUUUUCUUCCUUCUGCACAAAAUUACAAACAGAGAUCUUCAUGCAACCACAUGGUUCGACUAGGAUAUUUGUAUUUAGUACGAUGUUUCUGAUGUUUCUGAUGUUCACUCUCUAAUCCUGCGAGACACGUUCACGAAAUUGUAUUUGUUUGUGUUUGUUUUGGAUUCGUGUAAAUUUCGAAGUUGAUUUCUUGAUGAACGAUAUCUCAGUUUGUGUACUUUCUGAUAUGUUAUUAGCUAGGAAAUUAAAUUAAA